CGGAGUUUGGCCGUUGGUGGAAGCGCCAGCCAUUAAUGUCCCCUUUCUUCUUCGUUUUUUGAGCUUCACAGCGAGAGACAGCAAGCGGAGGGAAGAAUCGAAGCGGUGAACUCUUCGACCCUAUAGGAGUGUGAUUCGGAGAAGAAAGUGAACCGGAGCUGGAGCAGGGAAGCUCUAUUACCCUAGAGAGAGUCUUUUACUCUUGCUACCCAUUUGCGAUUUGGUCUUUCUCUCUUUUUCCUUCUUGAGAUAAGGAUCGCGACAAGGCGUGGUUCUGGAUAAUUUGUUAACGGAUUCGGGCUGCGUUUGAUUUCUUAUCUGAAUGAUCAGCUGGGGUUUUAGUAGGAGCUCAGUUCUUUGACGGAAUUGAUGGCCGCGAGGAUCUAAUUGCUUGCUAGUUGCUUUGCGUACGCGUUCGGCUCCUCCGCUGUGCAUUGAAGACACUAUAAUGUGCUACUGUGGGGUUUAGCUUGGGAGAAGGGGUAUUAGUGGAGAGGAGAAAGUGAGCACAUACUGGUUUUAAGAUGGGAAUCUGCUGGAGCCCAAAUAGCAAGGCUGUGAACCCCGCAUUCAGCGUCCCUUCAUCAGGGUCUAACUCGAAGACUAGAAGCAAGGAUGUUAGUAGAUUAAGUCGUGGAAGCAGUUAUGUUUCUUCAGCUUCUUUUUCCUUAACCCAUCGUAGCGAGGGAGAGAUCCUGCAGCUAGCAAAUGUGAAAAGUUUCACCUUUACUGAGCUCAAAUGCGCAACCAGAAAUUUCCGGCCUGACAGUGUAUUGGGAGAAGGUGGUUUUGGUUCUGUUUUUAAGGGCUGGAUUGAUGAACAGACCCUUGCGCCGGCGAAAGCAGGCUCUGGUAUGGUUAUUGCUGUAAAGAGGCUCAACCCGGAAGGUUUCCAGGGUCAUAGAGAAUGGCUGGCAGAAGUCAAUUAUUUAGGCCAGCUUCAUCACCCUAACCUUGUCAAGCUGAUUGGCUACUGUCUAGAGGAUGACCAUCGCCUUCUGGCCUAUGAAUUUUUGCAAAGAGGGAGUCUUGAGAACCAUCUGUUUAGAAGAGGAUCAUGCUUUCAACCACUUUCAUGGAAACUUCGAAUGAAGAUUGCACUUGGGGCUGCUCGAGGACUGGCAUUUCUUCACGGCGCCGAAAUAAGCGUCAUUUAUCGUGAUUUUAAGACUUCUAAUAUACUUCUUGAUUCAAAUUACAAUGCAAAGCUUUCUGACUUCGGAUUGGCGAAAAAUGGACCUACUGGUGAUAAGAGUCAUGUAUCUACCAGAGUCAUGGGAACAUAUGGAUAUGCAGCUCCUGAAUACCUUGCAACUGGUCACUUGACUGCGAGGAGCGAUGUAUAUAGCUUCGGUGUUGUCCUCCUAGAGAUGUUAUCAGGUAGGCGUGCGCUGGACAAGAACCUACCAUCAGGGGAGCACAAUCUUGUUGAAUGGUCGAAGCCCUAUCUCGCGAGCAAGCGCAAGAUCUUCCGCAUCUUGGACAGCAAGCUCGAGGGGCAGUACUCGCUUGCCGGAGCCCAAAAAACAGCCUCCCUUGCACUCCAGUGCUUAUCAGCUGAGGCAAGACUUAGGCCGACUAUGGAUGCGGUGGUGUCUGUGCUUGAGCAAGUUCAGUCUACAAAGGAUUCAGAGAGGAAAAAUCAAGCUGAGAAGACUCUGCACACUCAAAGUUUUGGUCGUGGAGCUCAGGUGCCUCAACGGAAAAGCAUGGAAGGUGGAAGUUUGAAGGGAUAUCCAAGACCUUUGGAUUCCAUUGCUGCCUAAGUAGGAGAAGUUAUGCAUGUUUUGAUUGUUUGUUAUCUAUGAAGAGUUUUUGACACUCUUGAGGCAUGUAGGUUUAACUACUACCUGCAUAUUUGUUACAUUUUUUGUAUAUUUUGUUAUGCAUUACUGUUCUUGUCAGGGUAUUUCACCUUGCAGACAGUUUUGAGCAGCUUAGCUCCUGAUGCUUUUGUGAAUUUAAAUUCUUGGUUGAAUGUUCUUUAAA